UGAAACCGUUGAUGAUGCUGGCUACACUCUGUUGCAUUGUGAUGCUGAGGUAGACCAUUUGCAAGUUGCCCUCUACUUGAUCGCUCAUGAUUCCUAGAAAGAUUGGAGUUUCCAUUCCAAUGAAGGCUACCUUAUUUAUGACAUACAUAAUGGUUGAUGGAUGGGCUGGAAUUGCUGGUGAGAUUCUCAGAUUAAAGCCAUUGGUUAUAUACCAUCUCAGAAACAUGUUCUUAUCAAAUGGUUACCUGGAUGAAGGGGUUAAAGAAAUUGGUGCAUUUGUGGCUUCAAGGGGGUCGCUUUAGCUUCUGGGAUCUUUUGGAUUUGGACAAAAUUCCAGGGAAAGGAUGGGAUUGUGGCAAAUUUCUAUAGCCUACAUUCAUGGAUGAGUUUGGCUUUUGUAUCCCUCUUCGGAUCCCAGGUAUUUGCUUCUUCAUGAUCCUUGAUAAUUUCUUAGUAAAAUAUUACCUCUUGUGUUUUUAUAGAAACUAAAGCAUACAAUUCACACCACCAAAGCUGGUAUGAAGUUCCUGCAAAUGAAAUUUCAUGAGGAGUUCUCCAAUCUAGUUAAUAUUAAGAGGAUAGUUAAUUUUGGGCCCGACGAGUUUUGACUGAAGACAUGAUAAUAGAGUAGUUAGUAGUGAGUAGUAAGAGGGAGGAAGCAGAAGUGAAGCGAUGAAUGCCCUAGAUCGUUACGAGCGUUUCGUCGUCCCUGAAGGCACCAAAAAGGUUUCUUAUGAGAGGGACACGAAGAUCAUCAAUGCGGCGUCCUUCACCAUUGAGAGAGAGGAGCACACCAUCGACAACAUCCUACGCAUGCAGCUUCACAGAGACCCCAAUGUCUUGUUUGUCGGAUACAAGCUUCCUCAUCCUCUUCAAUACAAAAUUAUUGUCAGGGUUAGCGUCUUUUCCUUAUUACUACUAUUGCUGCCUUCUUUCAAUUUCAUGGAAUAGUUCAGGUUUUUGUUCUAAGCUAUUUCGAGCAUAUAGUUAGUUAGGGUUAAAGAAUAAGACCCAAAUCCUACUUUUAUUUGGAAUAAAUGUGGAUUGCAUCUUUGUCUUAGGAUUAGAUAGAUCUCUCAUGCAAAUAAAUUGAAUUGGUGUUGGUUUUGGUUUUAAACUUAGGAAGCACAGAUAUGACAUUGGGUAUGAACACGGAGACACCACAAAUUUUAAAAGUCAUACAUAUGAAACUUGAAGAAUCAUAAGAAUUUUGAAUUUCUGAUUUAUACUAGAAAGUAAAAAAAAACCUUUUACCUGUUCUUAUUACAGUCCAAUUGGUAUGCAAUUCAUAUUUCAAUGCAUACAAGUAAAACCUGAAGAAUCAUAAGAAUUCUAAAAUACUUAAUGCAGAUGUUUAAUAUUUGGUCCAUUAUGGAUGCUGCAUUUUUCAGCUAUGAGCAUUUACCGCCUUAACCAGUCCAUGUUGAAAGAAGGAAAGAGAAUUAAAGAAAGUCAAAUAAUGUGAAAAACUGGAUCCCAAGUCUCAGGUUUAGAAAAUUUAGAAGUCUAUGGACAUGAAAUUAGAAAAAAAGAAUGAUAUAUAAAAUUAAAAAAUGAAACUAAUUAAUAAAUGUUUGUCACAUGAGCUCAAAUGGAUGAGGAAAACAAGAGAAGAGAGAAAAAUGAAGAAGUCACAAACACACACACACACACAAAUUUAUAUUUAUUAUACAAUUAUAGUAAUUAUAAUCAUAAUUUAAAAAAGAAUCAUAUCUAUGGCACAACUGUUGUUUUGGCUUAAAUGCAUGAGGUGUGACUUAAGCUGAUAAAGAGAAAAGCUUACUCUAGUCCUAAGUAACAGUGGGAGCCUUAAACAUUAUAUUUUCGAGCUUAAAUAGUACUAGCACCAUAUUUAAGUGGCAGACUAGUUAGAAAAAUUUCAUGUGCCUUGGUAGCAAUUUUUGUUAUUAGAUAAUAAAUCUUUUUUUUAUUUUGUGUUUUGGUAAAAAAAACUACAGACAUAUGCAUUUUCAUGUUCCACAGAGUCGUGUGUUGUUCUAACUAAACUCAUUUUGUUUGAUCAUAUAUAACAACUUUUAAAUUUUUUAAUGAGCCAUUUAGGAAUGUGAAAAUGAGCAUUUUUAGCCUAGAAUUUUCAUAUAUAUGUGGUUCUGUAGCAACCUGAUUAAAGGGUUCUUUUGCCUCCUAAUUAUGUUGUUUGAUUAUGAGAUGGUGGAUGCUUUGAAUUCAAAUUUAGGUUCUUCUCUGAACUUUCCCCUGCUUCUUAUAAAUAGAAACCAAAGACUACCACAUGUGCAUUUUCAUACAAGAAAAAUAAACUAAAUCUCAUUGUCAUGUGCAUUUAUAUAUCUUCAAUCAAAUAUUGAUAUACAAUUACAAAUUGUCUCCAUUCUCUUCAGAUCAUAUGGUUUCAUUGAUAAUAAAAAAAAUAACUUAGUACGGUUCUUGAUAUCUUGGAGAUUAUGCAUAUAAUUUGAGCACAUGAUGGAGAAGUGAUACCACGAAUUUGAUUGCAAAGAUGUCAGGUUUAUUCUUUUUAGCUUAUAUUUUUAUUUAAUUGAUAUAAUAGUGAAGCAACUUGUGUUUCCAGGUUUGUUUACAUUUUCAACGAGGUACAUGGUUUUCCUUUAGAAUUUUUUUAAAAAAAGUUAUACUUUUAGUUUUGGGGAUUUUCAGAAUAGUACGUAGAGUGGUGGUAGCAGUAAGUAGUAACCUUCAUGAUGGCAGGAAUGAUAAAGCGUGAAUGUUUAAUUUCCAAAGAAAGGAAAGUGGAUAGUUUUAAUAAUUAAAAUAAAAUAAGAAAAAUGUUUUCUUUUAGGUUUAAAAUUAUAAAGAAUGAACAUACUAUGUAAAAAUUUUCAAAUCUGAGUAAUAUUUUGACAUUUUCAGACAACUAAUUUAUGUUGAUUAAUGUUACUUCCAAUUGAGUAACAGUGGAUUAGGUAAAUGGUUUCUACAUGUUUAGGGGUGUGGUUAGCUUACUUCUAUAAAAUAAAUUGUUUCCAAUUUUUUCAUGGCUGAUGUUGCAUAUGGAUGACAUUUUAUACUUAUACUCUUUCUAUUAUUAUUGAUAAAUUUCCUUUAUUUUCACUUUAACCUAAGACAUAAUUGUUCUACAGCUGUUUUUUAUGAUGAGUAGGGGCACCAUAAUCCUUCCUUUCCCCGUGCUUGAAUCUUUUCUUUCCUUAAAUUGAUUUUGGGCGCUUAUUUGUCUUGAUUGUAUUUUCUGUACUUCCAGUAAAGCCUGUUUGUAAACUCAACCAAGUCUUGCUUUUCAGAAUCAAAUUGUUAAUGGACUCUUGAAAUGCUAAUGUUAUAUAGAAAGGAUAAUUUUUAUAGAAAUGUAAAAGUGUGAAAUGAUAAUAUAACUUUCCAAGCUUUUCAGAUGAAUUUCUUGGAAACUAUAGCUGUAACUCAAGACAUUACAUGAUGAAGUUCAAUAUAUAUUGACAGGAACAAGUAGAACAGGUUCAGAUGGUUUAUGUUAAUAUUGUUCCCCGCUAACCAACCUCCACUUGUAGUGAUAUUCUUGGUCGCACAGUUCAUAAAUUUCACCAAUAUGGAACAUAGAAAAUAGCCAAGGGCCAUAGAGCACCAAAGGAAGCAUGUUGAUGUUGAUGGUUUCUUGGUAAGAGUGAUAACUUGCAACCAUACGGGCAAGACAGGUUCCAUGAUAAGAUCUUUGACUGCACAUGGUUCUAGAAUUGUUGUUUUAUGUUCAGAUCAUUUAGGAGACAAUGCGAGUCCAAAUUUCAACUUGAGACCAACAUGUGCUUAUUUCAUCACUGAGGUAGCAAAAUGAGCAUCCGGAAGGGCUCACAUAGUACAGGCUUCCAUAGCUGAUGGUGUUUUGUCAGGUAAUACUGACCCCAAGAAAAAUAUUGAGUUGCUACAAGAUGCUAUUGCUUCUAUUACUCUCUUAGGAAGCAUAAUCACGUCCAUCCCUUUAUCGAGGCAAGCAUGUUCAUAGCUUAGCUCAUGCAACUUCUGGAUAUCACAAAGUUCUUGAAGAAAAUAGCAAACUAUACAAUCAAGUUCAUGAUCUUAAGGGUAAAUUUCUGAUUGGUUGGUUGCUAUAAGCUUAGUAUGAGUUAUAUCUUUCACACCUUUCUAAAGAUUUUGUUCCUUUUAUUGUGCCUCCCUGAAAUGGUUAGGCCUCGUGGAGAUAUGAUAUAGGUAUAGGUUGGAUAAAAUUUAAUUCGACUCGACACAUUUUUAUACUUAAUAAAAAAAUUCAUUUACUUCAAA